GCCGCGCUGGCGGGACCCUUGCGCUCCACCGACAGCCAAGUGCAAAGCAAAGCGGCACGUGCUGUGGCUGCGUUUGCUUGUGACGCUGAUGCAAGAACUGAGCUAAGAAAUGCAGGUGGACUGGGACCACUUGUUGAAUUGCUGCAUUCUAAGAAUGGAGAAGUCAGAAGAAAUGCCUCUUGGGCUGUAAUGGUCUGUGCAAGUGAUGAACUAACUGCUGUUGAACUAUGCAGGCUAGGUGCUUUAGACAUCCUGGAAGAAAUUAAUCUAUCAACAGGGCGCAAAAAUAACUUUAGUGAAGCUGCUCUGGAAAAGCUACUUGAUAACAAUCUUCCCCAAAAGUACAGCCAGAUGGGAUACUUAUCAUCAAGUAAUAUCAUUACUGAUGGUUUCUAUGAUUGUGGCUGGAUAAAACCUGGAAUGAAAUGUUUAUCAUUGAAGGAACUGAGUAUGCAAGAGCUUACUGAUCGUCGGCCCAUAAUUUUCAUUAAUGCUAAACCACAAGGAGAUCUUGCAGUAGAGGAGAAGGCACAAGAUUCAUAUUAUGAACAGACUAUCUUGUCACCUGCUCUUUCAAGAAGAGGUGGUAAAGAAAAAGCAAGUUCAAUGGUAUCUCCAAUGGAGGAAAAGCAGGAGUUAUCUGGAUAAUAGCAUUCAGUCAGCAAAAUCAGCACUAGAGAAAAAGGCUUAAGAAAAGGAAAGGGGAAAAAAGAAGAGGAAAAAUCAAAAGAAGAUGUUCAGAUUAUAUCUAAAGCCCAGGAUGAAAUAAAUCUAGAAAAUACACACUGGCUGCCACCACCAGACUUCAUUUUACUGGAUUACAUUAAGGAUGCUUCCAAAACAAUUCUACCACUAGCUACUACCCGGGAACAGGUUAUGGCUCUUGCACAGUUUGUUGCAGACAAGAUGGGUGGCCCAAUCAAGAGAGACAAACUACACGCCUUCAGCUGGGAGCUUCACCUAAGUGAAAUAGAAUUUGAACUGAAAUGCAACAUUAUGCCUAUUGGGAGAGUUAAAAAAGGGACAUUCUAUCACAGGGCUUUACUUUUCAAGGUGCUAGCAGACAGAAUUGGCAUUGGCUGUAGUUUAGUUCGUGGCAAGUACAACAGAGCUUGGAAUGAAGUUAAAUUGGUUGAUGACUCUCCUCAAGGAAUAUCUGGGCUUCUGCUUCCUCCUCAAGAGUAUAUUGUAGAUCUAAUAUUUGAUCCAGGCUUUUUGAUGAAACAGGGAAGUGCUGAGGCAGAUCAGUACAAAUAUAUUUAA